CCAACAUUCCACUUGCGAAUGCGAUCGAUCGCGAGCAAGGUGUAGUUGUGUGUGGUAGUAAGCGCUCGGUGGGUUUGAAAAAUGGCUCUAUUCAGGAUUACAUCAAGCAGAUUAGUAGAAGCGCAGAAAGUAUGCCCGACGGCAUCGAUUCUGCUGAGGGGUCUGAGCGCGGAGUCGACCAACCUCAAAAGCGUGCUUCAGGAGAAAAUCCCUAAAGAGCAAGAAAAGGUUCGGGAGUUCCGCAAGAAAUAUGGAGCCACCAAGGUCGGAGAGGUCACCGUGGACAUGAUGUACGGUGGUAUGCGUGGCAUCAAGGGUUUGGUCUGGGAGACCUCCGUGUUGGACCCUGAGGAAGGCAUCCGUUUCCGCGGUAUGUCCAUUCCUGAAUGCCAGAAGGCGCUUCCUAAGGCCAAGGGAGGCCAGGAGCCUCUGCCUGAAGGUCUUUUCUGGCUCCUCGUUACCGGAGAAGUCCCCACCGACGCUCAAGUUAAAGCCUUGUCCAAGGAAUGGGCACAAAGGGCCGAGCUGCCAGCACACGUCGUUACCAUGCUGAACAACAUGCCAAGCAAGCUUCACCCCAUGUCACAGUUCUCGGCCGCCGUCACCGCUCUCAACAGCGAGUCCACAUUCGCGAAGGCCUACUCAGACGGUGUCCACAAGUCCAAGUACUGGGAGUACGUUUACGAGGACACAAUGAACCUGAUCGCCAAGCUGCCGGUGAUCGCGGCCACCAUCUACCGCAACACCUACCGCGACGGCAAGGGCAUCGGCGCCAUCGACGACAACAAGGACUGGUCCGCCAACUACUGCACCAUGCUCGGCUUCGACGACCCGCAGUUCACAGAGCUCAUGCGUCUCUACCUCACGAUCCACAGUGACCACGAGGGAGGCAACGUGUCCGCACACACCACGCACUUGGUGGGCUCCGCUCUCAGCGACCCCUACCUGUCGUUCGCCGCUGGCCUUAACGGUCUCGCCGGUCCCCUCCACGGACUGGCUAACCAGGAAGUGCUGGUCUGGUUAGAGAAACUGCGCAAACAAGUCGGCGACAACUUCACCGAGGAGGGACUCAAAGAGUUCAUCUGGAAGACCCUGAAGUCUGGCCAGGUCGUUCCCGGCUACGGUCACGCUGUAUUGAGAAAGACUGACCCCAGGUACACGUGCCAGCGUGAAUUUGCACUGAAGCAUUUGCCAAACGACCCCCUGUUCAAGCUGGUCGCCGCUAUCUACAAAGUUGUACCCCCGAUCCUAACAGAGCUCGGCAAGGUCAAGAACCCCUGGCCCAAUGUGGACUCACACUCUGGUGUCCUCUUACAGUAUUACGGACUGAAGGAGAUGAACUACUACACAGUGAUGUUCGGCGUGUCCCGCGCCCUCGGCGUGCUCGCUCAAAUGAUCUGGUCGCGCGCGCUCGGCCUCCCCAUCGAGCGGCCCAAGUCCCUCAGCACCGACAUGCUGAUCAAGCAGCUGUCCAAGUAAAAAUAAAACCGAACAAAAUAAACCAAUUCGUUCAGGCUAGAUCGUAAUACGUGCAUCAGGUAGUUAACGCGAACCCUGAACGAACUUACCGAGUUUGAUUCACACGUAACACCAAUAGUCAAUUUUUGUAGUGAUAUUUUAUCAAAUGUUUUCUACCAAAAUUAAUCAUUACUCUUAGUUUAUUGUCCAUCAUAGUAGUAAGAGUAAGUAAUGCAUUUUUAUUUGCGUUGUUUUUUUAUUAUUUUUGUUGAGUAUAUUGUAAUUUAUAUAGUCAAUCAUUAUACCACUGAGUACUUAUUUCUGUGAUGAGAAUAUUGUUUGAUACUAUUUUCUGUAUAUUAUUGUAAUUGAUAUAUCUAAUUUGUUGUAUCUUAUUUCUUGUAAUAUGUAAAUAUGGUUUUGAAAUUGACUUUGCGGUGGUGUGUCUCAAUUGUAAAAUCCACGUAGCUGCCAGAGUACGAACUGGUUAUAGUGGUUGGUCACUUAGGUCGUUUUACGUAGAAACUUUAAUAGUGAAUACGCAGUAUGCUGUGCAUACUGUUUUCUUAGGUCAAUGCGAUAUCCAUUCUGUCGUAAUAUUUAUAAAUCAUUUGCAUUAGAACCCCAAAAUUUAGCAGCUUACUCAGUAUUGUACUUAGGUUCAAUCAUAAGUCAAUUAUGAAUGGAUUUAAAUUUGGUUGGUCUCGUAGGUACUUAGGCGGGAUAAAUAAUUUUGGUAUAAGAGAUACUGAGUUAAUUAUUUUUACAUGCUGCAAUUAUUCCUUUGUUUUUAAUUUUAAAUCAACCUUUAUAGUUUUACUGUCACUACAAUUUACCAAAGUAUUUACGAGUGUAAUGUAGAUGCAUGCAAGAGAUCGUAUAAUUGAUAUACAAAGCUAAACGCUAACGCGAAUAUUUACAUAAAUCAUAGACAUAUUAGCAAUCAUGUCGCAUAAAUCCUUCGCAUUGUUUCGGUUCGGUGUGUCUUGUUGACGCAAUACCAAUGGUUAUUACUUCUAAAUUAUUAUGUUACAAAAUUAACGUUUGAUUGUCUACUGAACAAGUUGGUGAUAAUGUAAUGGCGUUGCGACGCCAUGUUGUCAUGUUUUACCAAUACGAAACGAUCCAAUAUUUGACAAUACUAAAAUAAAGUGGUAUGGUGUAGUAAUA